AUGGAUCCGAUCGUGCCUUCUCUGAAGACCUUUAUUGUGGAUUUUGCCUUUGGCCUGCUUGCGCGAGAGGUUUCAUUCUACUACGUUCACCGCGCCCUCCACCACCCCAGCAUCUACGUCUACAUCCACAAGAUGCACCACAAAUAUAUCACUCCCGUCGCUUUUGCAGCAGAGUACGCGCAUCCGGUCGAGCAUCUUUUUGCCAAUGUUUUGCCAAUUACGCUCCCGCUGUAUCUCAAAGGCGCACACUUCCUGUCUAUCACGGCCUUUGGCAUCUUCGAGCUGUGGGAAGCAGCAGCGGACCAUAGCGGUUAUGACUUUCUAAAACUGCCACCGGCGGAACUGCAUGAUCUGCACCACGAGAAGUUUCGUGUCAACUAUGGCACUAUCGGCUUGAUGGACUGGAUUCAUGGGACUGACGUGGUGGGAUGGGAUCGGCCGGAGGCGAAGAAGGUGAAGAUCACGGAAUGA